AUGCACCUCAUGGAGGAAGGAGAAGGUGAAAAUCAAACAUUUAUCACAGAAUUCAUCCUGCUGGGAUUUGGGAAUCUCCCUGAACUGCAAUUUAUUUUCUUCCUCCUUUUUCUGGGGAUCUACAUUGUCACCAUGACUGCGAACACGCUCAUUGUAGUGCUAGUUGUGGCUGAUCAGCACCUUCACACCCCUAUGUAUUUCUUCCUGGGGAAUUUGUCCUGCUUGGAGAUCUGUUGCACCUCAGCCAUUCUGCCCAGGAUGCUGGCCAGCCUCCUGACUGGGGACAGAACCAUUUCUGUAACCGGCUGCAUUGUGCAGUUUUACUGGUUUGGUUUCCUAGUGACUGCUGAGUGCUCUCUGCUAGCUGUGAUGUCAUACGAUCGAUACUUAGCAAUAUGUAACCCCCUGCACUAUGCAAUCCGUAUGAAUGGCAGGUUCUGUAUGCAGCUAGUAGCCGGAUCUUGGCUAAGUUCAUUCAUAAUUCUUACCACGUUAAUAUCUUUUAUGUCACAAUUAGCCUUCUGUGGCCCUAAUGAAAUUGAUCAUUUUUUUUGUGAUCUCACCCCAGUGAUUAAACUCUCCUGCAGUAACACCAGUCUGGUUACCCUGGUGACUCUAAUAUUCUCCUCCAUAGACACUGUUCCCCCAUUUCUGUUGACCCUGAUAUCUUAUGUUUGUAUCAUCUCCACCAUCCUGAGGAUCCCUUCCACCACCGGGAAGCAAAAGGCAUUUUCCACCUGCUCCUCACACCUUACUGUGGUUACACUUUUCUAUGGGACACUAAUAACUGUCUACAUGUUACCAAACACCGGUGCCCUGAAAGCCCCAAACAAAGUGUUUUCUGUCUUUUACACGGUCUUGACACCCCUGAUUAAUCCCCUCAUCUACAGCCUGAGAAACAAAGAGGUCAAGGAGGCCCUGAAGAGAGUGCUUCAGAAAUACAUGGAUGAUGACUGGCCUGGAGUACCUGCUGCAGUUUACCCGGAAGAGCCAAAAGACGCCUGGAGGCCGCAGGAUUCCAAGCACAUCUUCUUCUCCAUGGUCACCAUGCCCAAGAUUUUGGCUGGCUUCCUCUCAGGGUGCCAGGCCAUCUCCUUCACCAGCUGCCUGGCACAGCUCCAUUUAUUCCACUUCCUGGACAGCACUGGAGCCGUGCUUCUGGCCGUCAUGGUCCAUGACUGCUGUGUGGCCAUCUGCAAACCACUGCGCUACACAGUGGUCAUGAGCCCACAGGUGUGCCUGCUCAUGGCAGCGGCCACCGGGUCCUCUUCUGUUGUGAUCUACGAGGAAAGGUUGAAAAAAAUGGGUUAG